GCUUUAGGCUUGAGAUAACUUUCAUCCCCCUCACAGAUCAGCAAAGGAUAUUUUGAGAAGUGUUCUGCUUUUUGGUAUUUAUGGCAGAGGAAAAACAAGGACAAGGAACUAAUCCUCCUCAAGAGCAACCUAAUGAGCCCUUGCCAAGGUCUUACAACCAGCUUCUGGGGACAAAUAAUCCUACAAAAACAAGUUGGCCUGAGCUAGUUGGGGUCACUGAAGAAGAAGCAGAGAAAAAGAUAAAGGAGGAGAUGGCUGGGGUUGAAAUUCAAGUGGUUCUGCCUGGUUAUUUUGUCACCUGUGAUUACAAAACCCAGCGAGUUCGAUUGUAUGUUGAUGAAUCUAAAAAGGUCCUCAGGACUCCGAAGAUUGGCUAAUCCGUCUACCAAAUAUCAUUUAAUAAUUCAGUGAAAUAUCUUCAUGUUACUUGGCCAUUGCAAUAGCAGGAUAUUAUAUUAUGGUUUGACCGGAACCUUGGCCUAGAUUAUGUUCUAUAUAAAUCAAUAAGAAGGGUUCUAGUGGGAUAUUUGUUCCAUCUGCCUGUAUAUUGUAAAUUUUUUUCUACCUUUCUGCUUAAGAAAAAUUCAGGUUGUUUGGUUCCCAUAGGAUGAUGUUCCCCAUUAUAGCCUUAAAGUCACAUAUGAUUGCUCUUAUUUGUUUGGGACAGUUGGAUACGAGUCAAAUGCUCAGUUAUAUAACAUAAAUAUCACACUUGUGCUCAACUUUAGG